GUUGGAGUGGGGGUAGGUUCAGGGGCACUUGUGGUCCCGCCUCAAUGUGGCUGGUGACGUCAGACAUUUUCAUGAGACUGGGUCGAGAGGUUUGCUGCUUGCAAGGAGCAGUCAGCGCUCUGCUUCGGACACAUCUACACGACAAGAAGGUCUCAGGACAAUGAUGGACGUAAUGGGUGCGACGCCCUACUAUGAUAUAAACGUUUCUGAUGCCAGCAUCGCAAAUGGCACGUUUUACGACGACGGGGACGAGUACGAAGACAGUGACGACCACGGCGAGCUGAGGCAAUCUCUUAACAUCAUGUCUCUUAUCGUCUACUGCCUGGCUUUUGUCCUGGGCGUGUUGGGAAACGGCGUGGUGAUCUGGGUCACUGGAUUCAAGAUGAAGAAAACAGUCAACACCGUUUGGUUCCUCAACUUGGCUGUGGCCGACUUCCUCUUCACAGCAUUCCUUCCUUUGAGCGUGACUUACACCGCCAUGGAUUUCCACUGGCCCUUCGGCAAGUUCAUGUGCAAGCUGAACAGCACCAUCAGCUUCCUCAACAUGUUCGCCAGUGUCUACAUCCUGAUGGUGAUCAGCGUUGACCGAUGCGUGUCAGUGGUGUGGCCUGUGUGGGCUCAGAACUAUCGCAGCGUGCAGAAGGCAUCCUGUGUGAGCCUGGGUGUUUGGCUCCUGGCCCUAAUCCUGAGCACUCCUUACUUCAUCUUCAGGGACACCGGGCCGUCAUACAACAAUGACCAAAUCAUCAACUGCUUCAAUAACUUUGCCUUCUCUGAUGAUUAUGUCACGCCACAAGUGACCCAGGUGCGAUACUUCCGCCAUCAGGCCAUGACCAUGACUCGCUUCUUUCUGGGAUUUGUCAUCCCCUUCACCGUCAUCGUGUCCUGUUACGCCGUGAUAAUCCACCGCCUCCGUAGGAACCGGACCCUGGCCAGUCAGUCGAGUCGCCCCUUCAAGAUCAUCGCUGCCGUCAUUGCCACUUUUUUCCUGUGCUGGGCUCCCUAUCACAUUCUAGCUCUGAUCGAGUUGGUCAAUCACAUGACUGAUUAUGAGAGUGAAGUAUUGGACCACGUCAUCACUAUCGGGGUCCCAAUAGCCACCAGUCUAGCUUAUCUCAACAGUUGCCUCAAUCCGCUGCUCUAUGUCUUCAUGGGACAAGAUUUCAAAGAUAAAGUUCGUAAGUCCAUCCUGAAGGUACUGGAGACUGCUUUCCAGGAAGAGAUUUCCCGCUCGUACACCUAUACAAACUCAAUGGUCACCAGUCGAAGCAAAGAGAAGUCCCUUUCUGAAGCUGAGGUAUAAAGCAGCCCAUGUUAAACACUGUAAGAGUACAUAGCCAUUGUAUCUGACAAAUAAUCACAGUUUUUGCCUCAACUGCUACGAAUCCACACUUACAAUAUUUACAAUGUGACUGUUCCAAACAUUGUAACCAAGCUGUGAUGCAUUUGUAGACUGUGGGUAUUUUUUUUUAUAUCAUGCUAGCUGUAUAUGGUCACUCCAAAGAGGAAAUGGUGCAACUUGAAACCAACUAGGGAUGUGUAUAAAAUUCUGUGAAAGGAUUGUGAAGGAUUUAGUCAGUGUGGAGCUGUUGAUUGUUGUUAAAUUGUGUUAUGAAGCAAUCAAGACCAAAAACAUUGCACACGACUUGGCUGCACCCCAAUGAGAUGCCGCUGAUUCACUCUCGACUGGCAUAAAUACGAAAUGCAUGAGGUCAGCUAUGGAAAGUUGAGAUACAUCACUGCAGACCAGCGGUAUUUUUACACUCAAUAUGACACUGGCAUUUAAAACAUUCAAAGAGCUGCUCCCAUCUCAGACAAAUCCAGAGUCGAUCCAGAGAAUUUUGUCAAGUGCCUGUCCGAAGUCCCAUCUACUUUGUAACUGUCCACGAAGUGUUUCUGCAAAGAAUGGCCAGUUUUGUUUGUGCACAUUUCAUUCGAAUUUACAUCAAGUGAAACUGGACUUUCACACAAAAUAAGAAUUUGUAUUAUCGAGAUAUGCUGCAAAAUUGCAAGAAUCAAGGCAGACAGGGUAGAACAAAUAAGACACAUACAGCUACUUGAAACAUCAACAAAAUCGUGGGGCAAGUUGACUGAAACGAUAAUUAUCAUUGAAGAUAUAUUUUCCACAUAAUAUGGGAUCAUCUAUAUUACUGCGAAGCAAACCUAUUCGAAAAACACUUUAAUUCAUCCUAGAGACUUUUUUUCUUGUUUCAGUAUCCUACUCCUGUUUUGGUUAACUGCCGAGUUGAAACGGGCCCGUUACUUCUUUUUUUCCUCUCAAUGGGAACACAGAGUUUUCUAUUUAUUUACCUAAAGUGAAUGAUGCACCUAUUUGAGGUAUCUAUUCGUGGCGAUGCCAUUACUUGAGGAAAUGAUUCUACGAUACAGUAAUUGUCAUUUCACAAGUCUUCAUUCUAGAAGCAGGUUGUUUAUUUGAAUAGAUAAAUAAAUAAUACUCAUCAGCACCAAUACCAAACUUGCACUUUCAACCGUUUUUAUUCUUACUCUAGAACUGGAAUAAACUGCAUGCUUUAGUACGUUAUAAAUGGCUGUUAAAGGCUCUACUUACUAAAUGCAGGCUAUACUGUCACUAUCCAAAGUAUCUUUCUCAAAAUGUUCAGAGUUAUUUCUUUUAACUGAUAUUUUUUUGUUUGUUUAUUUUGCAAUAGAAAUGACUCCACAUAUUUCAAAUGGACGUACAGUACACGUAGAACAGUCUUAAACAAUACAGUCAUUCGUACUUUUGUCCCCUCUAAGUAGUUACGGACUCCACAUGUCAUGGUUAUGCGUAUUGCUAUCUAAGCACACGACCUGUCUAAGAAAGCUUGACUGUUAUGUAAAAAAAAUGUAAAUGAUAAAAAAAGUGUGUGUGUACAAUAAAAGUGAUCUUGAAGAA